GCGAAUAUAUAGCGUCCCGCAGGACACUCUCAAGAUGGCGUCGAGGUCGUAAACUCUCGGAAACACAGUGUCGUAGUCAAAGAUACUUCCGGGCAGGCUUAGGAGGUCUAAGGUGGAGAAGGUGGCUGCGUGACGCCCGGUGUGAGCAUGGACCGAAGGAAAAAGCCUUUGGACGUCACGGCGUCCUCGUUGGUAGAUCUUAAGGCUGAACUCUUCCGAAAACAAGAAGAAUUCAAACAAGAAAAGCUUCUAAAAGAUUCUGGAGUUUUGGGAAAGCCAAAAACAGCUAACAAGAAACCGAGUAUCUGGAGCAAGCAGAAUGCAGGAGUUUCAAAUCGAGCUGAAAAGGAUGCAGAGCAGAAGAUCGAGGAGCAGAAGACUUUAGACAAAGCAAGGGAAAAAUUGGAAGAAAAGGCCAAAUUAUAUGAAAAAAUGACUAAUGGCGACUUUAUAGAUGAAGAAGUAGAGGAUAUGUACCUUGUGGACUUCACCCAGAAGAUUAUAGACAAACGCAGAGAAAUGGAAGUGCUGGGCACUAGUAGAGAGCUCCGAAAGGUGGGCGACAGAGAUGAGGACGACGAUGUUCCUAGUGGAGAUGUGCCCCCUCCUCAAGACCCCAGUGAAGAGUGGGUGGAUUACGUGGACUCUCUGGGACGAUCCCGGCGGUGCAUGAGGAAGGAUUUGCCAGACCUGCUGGAAAUGGACAAGAACCUUCAGGGGAGACUUUUCGUGAGUCCUGCUAAUGAGAAGACGCUGCUGUCGGAGGACAUGAGGAAGGAGCUUCAGCGCCAGCAGUGGGAGGAAGAAGAGCGGGAGGCCCUGCGGAGGCCUGUGGGGCCCGUGCACUACGAGGACAUCCGGGAAAACGAGGCCCGGCAACUUGGUGUUGGAUAUUUUGCUUUUGCCCAAGACAAAGAGCUGAGAAACAAGCAGAUGAAAACCCUGGAGAUGCUACGGGAGCAGACAACAGAUCAGAGAACGAAACGAGAGAACAUAAAGGAGAAACGAAAGGCCAUAUUAGAAGCAAGACUUGCCAAACUUCGACAAAAAAAGAUGAAAAAAUCAAAAGAAGAUGGGACAGAAGAAGAAAACAGAGGUGGGGAUGCUGUAGGACCUUUGCUACCAGAACCUGAGCCUGUGCCGACCCCGCCGCAGACCCAGAGCAGCAGAGUAGAGGUCAUCACCCAGGAGAGGAGGGACACACGGCCUGGCGUGCCUCACAUACGGGAGUGGGACCGUGGUAAAGAGUUUACCUUUGGACACUGGUCCACGAGGCAGUCAGCUCUCCGGGCUGAGCGAGACCCUGAGUUUGCUCCACCAUCAGAUUACUUCAUGAGUCAGAAAAGAGGGGGAUCUUCAAACAACCAGACAUGGGGCAGACCCGGGCCAGCACCGAGCUGCCCUGGACAGCAGGCGGGCCAGGACCAGGAGCCCCACACUGUGCAUGUCCCACCCACGCCUGCGCCUGGAGGCCCCCCACGGGCUCCCACAGUCACCUUCGCAAGUCUGGAUGACAUGAUCUCGUACUAUAAACAAGUGACAUGAUCCUGGCAGCAUUCUGACUGGGCUUGUACCAUGGGUGUAGAAGGGGACAGUGGGCCUUGGGGCUGAGCCAGCCUUCAUCCUCCUGCCCUCCACUCAGGGACAGUAGAUUCCUGGCCCCUUGCUGCCGUCCCCUUGCUGGUACAGCACAGCCUCCCUGCCCACUUCUGCCUGGGGCAGACAAGUCUGUGCUAUAAAACUGGAUGCUGUGGUA